AUGGAUAACCUCGGAGUGAACUACUUCAUAUCAACUGUCAUCACACCUCGCACCGAUGGCUCAUCACGAGGAUACUAUGAUUACAUCCCAGACCUUUUUCUCAAAGAAGAUCGCUCCGAGGCCAUGGGUUCAGCUAUUUCGGCGGUAGGACUCGCUGCAAUGAGUAAUAUCAACCAUGUCCCAGAGUGGCUUCGUCAUUCCCAAGUCCAGUACGCCAAUGCAGUCCAGCUCAUCAAUCACUCUCUGCAGUCACCCAAGGAAGUACGCAAGGACAGCGUCCUCGUGGCAGUCUCGGUGCUAUGUCUGUAUGAUCAAAUUGCCCACAACAGCGACAACAAACUGGAUACAUGGGCCCACCAUGCACAAGGAGCGGCUAGCAUCCUUGCUAUACGUGAUGUGGACCAGAUUACCACUCCUUUGGGCGUACGAAUGUUUUCUCAGGUUAUGGGCGAUAUGCUACUUGCUUGUCUACAUGAACGGCUACCAAUGCCACCUCAUAUGGUGGUCCUGCGAGAAUUAUUGACCCACUCAGGAUACAUCGAUUCAUAUGACCUUGCAUGGCAGAUGAGUGGAAUUGAAAUUGAAUGCCUUAAUCUUCUGGCCACUUCUCAAUCGCUUCCUUUAGUCGAACUGAUGGACCAAGCGCUAUCCAUUGACGACCAAUUCCAACGACUCCUGGAUUCAUUACUAUUACAGGGUCACUAUAUCACCAUCUAUGACCCAGCUGCAGAUCAUUCGCAGGUCUACAACCAACGCUAUGACAUCUACCGUGAGCUCGAACGCGUCAAAGUCUGGAACGGCGGUCGAGCAUAUCGCAAUUUACUCCAUCAGGUACUGCAUGAGAGGCUAGUACGGGCUUUCGCAGACAAUGCCUCGGAAGUGGUCUCUCCCCGUUUCACACAACAACUACAAUACUCGCAUGAGGUGAUGCUGCGGAUGCGGGACGAUAUUCUGGCUAGCAUGCCCCAGGUACUUGGACAACUCCCGCCAAUCGGUUUAGAGACUGUUCCAUUUCCUAUGGACAAUAUGGCUAAUCUUAUCAACAAUCGAACUCCUGGAGGUAGUCAUUUUCCUGCCUGGUUCCUUUACGUCAUUGCUCAAUCGCCUGUCACACCGAUGUCAGAUCGCAUGUGGAUCGUUAAUCGGAUGGAUGCUAUUUGGCGGGAGAAGGGGAUUUUCAAAGCGCGGGACCUUGCGCGGAAGAUUGAGAAAUUAGGUUCUGGGAUGUCUAAGUCCUCGGACUAA